UUGUAAAGGAAUACUGAUUCCAAAGUCGGGGUUGUGGAGGUGAUACGAGACGGAGUCCUGUAAUUACAAAAUUUAGAGAGAGAAAGAGGAAAUUGCAUAUUUUAGAGGGAGAGAGGAAAUUGCAAAUUGUAGAGAGAGAAAGAGGAAACUGAGUUCACCAUGGAAGACCUCCCCGACCCUCUGAUCAUCGACAUCUUGGGCCACCUCUCUGAUGCUUGUGAUCUAGGGCGCAUUAGAUGCACCUCUAGGCAACUCAAGCGCCUCUCUUACCACGUCCCUUCAAUUGCCCUAAUUUGCUCUGAGGACCGCUACCUCAAAUCUAGGGUUUCAGAGACCAGAGAUGAGAUCACUCCCUUUAAGGCCAUUGUUGAAGACCAGAUUCAACGGCUUGGAUCACUCGAGAAAUUGAGGAUCGGUGUGCAGGAUUCAUCUAGAGAUGUCUUUGGUGAGGAGGACAUGGAUGCUGAUGAUCUUCAUCUCAUGUGCCCUAAUUUUGUAAGCACAUGGCUUCCUUUUGUUGCAGAGAGGUUGAGGAGCCUUGUGAUAUUUGAUUUCUGGAGGCAGUCUUGCUGGCGGCCUUCGAAUGUGCUCUCUAUCAUCUCCUCUUCCUGCUUGGUGCUGCAAAUUUUAGAGUUGCAUUCCGCUUGGAUAUCAGUAGUGGGGCUCAAACCAAUGCCCAUGCUCACGUGUCUAACAUUAGACUACAUUAGGUUUGACGAUGAGGACCUUAAGAUGGUAAAUGAGUGCUUCCCUGCUUUAGAAACGUUAAAAUUGAUAAACGUGGGAGGGCUUAAACAUCCCACUAUUCAACUCCCACAUCUCAGAACUUGUCAUUGGACUGUAACCAAUUCUGCUUUCUCACUAACUCUAAUUGCCCCUCAUUUAAUCGAGCUGAAAUUGGAUUGCAUCAGUCCCGAUAGAUUGGUCCUCUCGACACCAUCAUUGUCUGUUCUCAACCUUUCAGUACGAAAAAUGUGUUCUUCUUAUCAUAUAUGUGGGUUUAAAGACUUGAGAUCCUUGAGAUUGGAUUCUAUGGACCUGAGCAAGCUCAUACGGCUCCUUUCUAAGAGUGAAAAUGUUGAGUCAUUAAUUCUUGAGUUGCUUGAAUUGGGAAGUCAGAGACCAAUUGAGAAGAGAAGCAUGUGCACCUUUGAUGAGUUGGGUAUGUUUCCCAAUCUAAAAACGCUUGAACUUGGGCCUAGGGCUUGGUGUGAAUUGGGGAAGGUUUUUGGCGAUGAAGAAUUGACUCUGAAGUUUCAAUGGAAGCGGCUGAAGAAACUGGUGGUGCAUUUGAUGGUUUUGGACUUUGAGGUCAUGCAUCGUUUUGUUUCCUUCGUGUUGCGUCACUGUGUUGCAAAACCUGAUGUGUUAGUCUUCAUUCGUUGGGAUGUCAGUGUGGAGAUUCUAGAUGGUUUUGUAUCUUGCUGUGUGAGUAGUUUUCCGGCUGUGCGGUGGAGAUGGGGAAGCUGGAAAGGAAAAUUUGGUGAUUGUUGGCUUAGAUGAUUUCGAUGUCUUUGUAAUAAUGUAGUCAUAUUACUGGCUGCAGCAAUUGUAAUGUUGUAGAUCUCUCUCUUGCACACACAAUGCACUGUUCUCAGCAAUCAAAGGCAUAAUCGUGAUCUAAAGGUUGUGGCAUUCAAUAGCUUCUCCGCAUCAUAUUAACAAUGCACUCAUCAUUUACUGAAUGGAUCUGAGUUACUAUGUGUGUUCAGUGAAUGAAAAAAAC